GGCAGUGGCGGGUCUAUAUCAGUCAGCCCUUAAACCGUACUGUGGCAGUCAAACCCCCACGCAGAUCACACCUCAUCUGUGCAACUUCCUCCUCCUGUGACUAGAGAGGGAAACUCACUGCAGCAGCACAGAGACAAGCGGCGCGUCCCGUCUCCCCGCCUCGCAUGAAGUAACGGGGGCCGCGCGUCUUCGGCUAGCAGAGGAAUCUCAUCUGGGGGCCCCCAAGGAAGCGGGUCGGACUCCACAGGCAGGAUGCUGCGACAGUCCCUGAGCAUCCUGAAGCAGUUCAGCUCUGCGACAAAGUCACAAGAUGCCACUGAACUUCUACACGAGGACCUUGUUGUGGUGGAGCAACGGGUGGAACCGGCCAAGAAGGCGGCUCAGGUCCUUCACAAGAAGCUGCAGGGCUGCAUGCACAGUCAUGCGGGCCUGGACGCCGAGAAAAGAAUGAAAAAGCUGCCUCUGAUGCUUCUGUCCAUCAGCAUGGCGGAGAGCCUCAAAGACUUUGACGCACAGUCGUCAAUCAGGAGGGUGUUGGAGAUGUGCUGUUUCAUGGAGAAGAUGCUGGCCAGCAUGCUGGCGGACUUUGAGAUGAAGGUGGAGAAGGAAGUUCUGGAGCCACUCAACAAGCUCAGCGAGGAGGAUUUACCAGGUAUCCUCAGGAACAAGAAGCAGUUCACAAAGCUCACUACGGAUUGGAACACUGCAAGAAGCAGGAGUGAAGCUAGCACUGGUCCCCAGGCAAAGCAGGACGGCCUCAAGGAGGAGGUGGAGGAAGCCCGGAGAAGGUUGGAGAGCAUCAAGGACCAGUACUCUGCAGAUCUGUAUCACUUUGCAACUAAAGAAGACGACUACGCUAACUACUUCAUCCGCCUUCUCGAGCUGCAAGAAGAAUAUCACAAACGUUCGCACGAGUUCCUGAACAAAAACAUCAGCGAGCUCAAAGAGAACAACCGUCACAGCGGCCCACCGCCAAGCCUCUCUGGUCAGAAGGUCUACGGGGAGCCGCUGCUCUCGCAUCUGACUCGAAGCAACAGAGAAAUCGCUGCACCCAUCCAGGAGUGUGUUUACAUGCUGCUGACGACGGGCAUGAUCGAGGAGGGUCUUUUCCGUAUGGCGGCGGCCGCCUCAGUGGUGAAGAGGCUGAAGAACUGCUUGGAUCACGACGUGGUCGACUACAGCGAGUUCAGCAUGGACCCCCACGCUGUUGCAGGAGCUUUGAAGUGUUACCUGCGAGAACUUCCUGAACCGCUGAUGACCUUUGAACUCUACGAGGACUGGUUUAAUGCCGCGGGGGAGAAAGACCCGACGGAGAAGCUGGAGCAGUUCAGAGUACUACUGAAGAAGCUGCCGCCAGAAAACUACAACAACCUCAGGUAUCUGGUCCAGUUCUUGUCUCUGCUGUCUGAGCAGCAGGCUGUCAACAGAAUGACACCCAGCAACAUUGCCAUCGUCCUGGGACCCAACCUGCUCUGGCCACGAGCUGAAGGGGAAGCUGCCCUGUUUGACAUGGCGUCAGCUUCCUCAGUCCAAGUGGUGACGGUCAUCGAGCCUCUCAUUCAGCACAGCUCCAGCCUCUUCCCCGAAGCUGUAUCCUUUGAGAUCCCAGAACCUCCCGAUGUCCCGGACGCGUCCGUGCCGCCCCCCUGCGCUCAGUCCCAGAUCUCAGAAAAGGAUAAAUUGAGGCGAAUGUCCUCUUCCUCCUCCACGGCCUCCUCCGGCUCCUCCAUUCACACCCUUCUCUCAAAGACAAACAGCACAGCCUCUCAGGACAGCGUUGGCUCCCUCCUGGGGAGGUCUGGCUCUGGGAUUCGCGGUACCUCAACAUGGGCCCACCCUGUUGCUGACUCAGCGCCGCCGGCGCAUCCGUGCUCAACGUCCAGCAGCGCACCAUCGCUCAAUCCCGGCCCCGCUGUGGCCUCCGCCACUCCAGCCGCCUGCGGCCCGCCGGCGCUCCCCAAGGCGACGGGAUCGGCGCCAAACCCGAGUCCAAUCAGGAUUCCCUCCCUGAAGCAGAGCUCGGAUCAAAGCCAACUCAAGCCGAUUUUGGAGGCUCCGCCGGACUCCCCAAAAGCUUUCGUGACGGCCACCUCCCCAUUUAAGCCUAGAAGAACCUUCACGCUGACCAAAGCGAACCAAGCGCACGAGCAGUUGACAGUUCAGUUCUCUAAACCCCCGGUGCUUCCAAAGCUGCAGAGCCCUCCGCCCGUCCCCGCGGCCGCGACGGACCCGCCGACCCAGCCGACACCCGCACCCCGAGCUCACUCGGCCAGCAUUAAAAAGCCCCCGGCUCCCAAGAGGCCCGGCGUCAGACCCCCUAAAUGCCCUCCACCACUUCCGCCGCCGUCACAAGUGACCGCUUCUCCUUCUUUAGCACAGUGAGAAAUAUGACGAUGUGGAUUUUCUACUUUCUUUAAAGAGCAACUUAACGUAUCUGAAAGUCUUGUCUUUGCAGACCUCCCGUGGUUCCUCUUUUUCAUCUCGUUUUUCUCGAGAUCUCGUUUCAACACCACAGAGGGCAGCAAAACACUGCUUCUCAGUCCCGCUAUUAAGUUAUUAUUUAAACAUGUUAGUUUUUCUACAUUGUCAGUCUGUGUUGUUAAAUAUAUUAUUACGUAUUUCUGCUUAUAGAUACUUCAUACGGGAUUGAGAGGGAUGCAGGUGCCUCUCAACAUGGCGACAGCUGAGCCUGCUGCUCAUAGCUAAGGGCGCUAACAGCGCUAACAAUGCAAACACUGGCGAAAGUGCUCACCGAGCUAACGGUGUUUCCCCCCUCGCGGCCCUGAGGGUCAGUUUUACGCUUCGGCAUUGCUUGGACUAUCAAUGUUUCUAUAACUAGCUUAAUUUGUUUAUUCUUCAGGUACGUCCUUUUAGUGCUGAGGCAUUUUCGGAAAGCAAGUACGCUUUCGUACGUAAAUUAAUCCAGCCGUCCAAAACCGCCUUCCAAUUGCUGUUUUUAGGGUAGAAUUUUCCAGAAGUAUGCAAUAACAAUGUCAUUGAUUUAAUGUAAAUAACAUCUGUUUAACAGCCAGCUUUCAGGACUACAUGGGGGGUGUGGGAUGAAACAUACAUUUUAAACUGACUAAGAAUCUUAAAGCUGGACAAUCUCUGUACAUAAAUGCAUCUUCAACCUAAUUAAAAAGAUCUUUAUUGUCAA